AUGGAAUGUCUUUGUCUUGCACAAUCUAUUCUCUCAGCUGCAGCUUGGUUCCAAAAAUACUUAAUCGACUCCCUGGAUGCCUCGCAAAUCGAAGUCGCUUCUACAAGAACAACAUUUCCAUCACCAAUUCUAGAAACAGAUAUCCAACAACUAAACCACUACAAGAUGUGCAUCGGCUCGAUUGUUACCAUUGAGUGCAAGUCCUGCGGCUCUACCUUUGACAAGUCUUCGUACCUUGGCUGCGCCACUUAUGAACACGCUCGUGAAGGCUGGGAGGAUCGUACUGACUCUAUCAUCAGCAGAUCCACUUACAACAUCUCAAGCUGCAAUGAAUGCUCCGACUUUGACAACUCCGUUGACUCUGACUCUGCUUCUCUCGAAAGUGUUUCUUCUUUGGCUGAGUUUGAUUAUGAGGUUGAUCCUUCUACUUCCUACUACUCCCUUGGUAAGUCAUCUGCUCUUACUGCCACCUGGUCUGAACGUGAUGCAUCGUCCCUUGAGAACUUCUCUGAUACAAUGAGCAUUUUGAUUGAUCGUGUAGUUGCUCUCACAUCCACCGCCGCCACCGUAAAGCUCAAACUCAACAUCGGCAUGAUCUACAGUGAAUGCGAUGCCUACCUCAAAUGGACCGAGACUGAACGCGAGCGUGCCAUCACAACUGAAACCGCCCUCUCUGAAAUUCUCAACACUACUGGUGUCACUGAUGAGAUCAACGCUGCUGUUGUUGAAGACAUGACUGCUGAUAUGAUUCAAUUGUUUGACAACUUGACUGUCUUUCACCCUCACUAUGAUGCCGAGUACAAUGCUGGUAGAUUCAAUGGCUAUCUUGCUGUUCUUACUGACAAGUUGGACAAACUUGAAGCCGAACAGUUUGGUGCCGAUGCUGCUGCUGCUAGAAACUUUCUUGAGCUUGCUGAGAACUAG